CGUCAUACGUAUUUGUUUACAUAGAAUUGAACACAUUUUGUAUUUCCAUUUAUAAAUAUAGAUAAAGAGAUUUGGUACAGUUUUUGAUGUAGUACCUAUAUUUUCUUGUUUUUUACUUUAUUUAUUCGUGGUGCGAGCGUGUCGAAAUCGUAACGUAUUUGCGACCUGUAUACACUGUUGUCGAUAUUCCAUCAAUAUUUUUUACGUAUACAUCCGUCAUUAAUUAUCAGUAGUGAUUUAAGUACUUCAAAAAUUUAUUGAUAAGAUAAAUGUAAAAGUGCAAACUACGAUUGGGCGACUGUUAUCAACUGAAGGAAUUUAUGAAAUGUAAAAUCGAUGAACAACGUAUUUUAGUUAUUGAUCGUUUUAUGCCUUCAAUGUGGAUUCUAUGUACAAUACUUCUCCUUUUUGCUACAUCAGAAACUAACAGUAACAUUACAAACAUGGAUUCAAAGGCGUUUUCUUCUGCUAUUGCCCAUUUUUCAUCCAAAUUCUGUGUGGAAUUGGAGAAAGGCAAGAGCGUUGUUUCUUCUCCGCUGUCCGCUGAGUAUUUGCUGGCCCUCCUCGCCCUGGGAACUACUGACAGGGCCCAUGAAGAAUUAUUAACAUCACUUGGAUUUCCCGACGAUGACUCUAUUCGUUCCUCGUUCUUGGAAGCGUCUACCAAGUUGAAGUCUAUAAGUGGUGUUACAUUCAAUGUGGCGAACAAGGUGUAUUUACCAGAAGGCGCAUACGAUCUUCAAGAAGAGAUAAAAAAUGACGCUAUCAAAGUAUUCGACGCAGGUAUCGAAAAACUCGACUUCAGUAAUGGUGCAGCUGCGGCCGACACCAUCAAUAAAUGGGUUGAAGGCAAGACCAAUAACAGGAUUAAAGAUCUCCUAUCCGCAGACAGUCUUGAUAUCAGUACGCGCAUUGUCCUCGUAAACGCUCUCUAUUUUAAGGGUACAUGGAAGAAACAGUUCGACCCUAUCCACACAAGGAACUUACCGUUCCACAUCACAUCGAACUCAACCGUCGAUGUGCCGAUGAUGUACAAGGAGGAUGAUUACCGGUAUGGUGACAGCGAGGAACUUAAAGCUCAGCUUUUGGAGAUCCCAUACGUGGGUGAUGAAGCCAGUAUGCUCAUUGUGCUGCCUCACGAUAUCGAGGGUCUCGAGGAUGUGCUGGCUAAACUAGCCGGCGGCUAUGAUCUGAUGGCCGAGUACGACAAUAUGUACAGCACUAAAGUACAAGUUACCCUCCCUAAGUUCAAAAUCGAGACUGAAAUCGAUUUGGGAGUAGUUCUGCGUAAGCUCGGUAUACAAGCUAUCUUUAACCGUGGUGGCUCAGGAAUAACCAAGAUGUUAAAUACGAACGAAGAGUUAUACGUGUCGAAGGCUGUUCAGAAGGCGUUCAUUGAGGUCAACGAAGAGGGCGCGGAGGCAGCCGCCGCCACAGCCAUGGCGACGCGGCGCUGCCGCUCGGUCCCGGCGCAGUUCAGCGCGGACCGCGCCGCGCUGUGGCUGGUGUCGGCGGCGGGCGUGCCCCUGGCCGCGGCGCGCUACCGGCCGGCCGCGUCCCCGCCCCGCGACGAACUCUGAUACAAGUGGUGACUCGUGUAUGUGGUGCAGGCAUGGUGAUCAUGAUGCGCUGCGCCCGGCCGCCCGCGCCGCGCUUCCUUGCGGACCGGCCCUUCCUGUUCGCGCUCGCCGGCCAAGACCGCGCACACCUCUUCGUCGGCGUCUACCGCGCCGCUAACUAAACUACGCGUACUCGGAACACACGAAUGAGUUAAUUAGUAAUUUAAUGAUAUUGUCGCACAAAUCUCACAAAUCCUGAUGUUGUACUAACAAUAGAUUAUAGAGAUUUACGAGUUACCUGAGGAACAUUUUAAAUUCAGAUCUUAUAGACAGCAUCUCAGAUUUAUAACGCACUAACGCUACCAAGUACACGGUGUUAAUUAAUAAACGCGUUUUUUUUUUGUCAAUCACUCUUGAUACCAAUUGUUUAUGUGCCUUUUGAUUUCAGGGAAUUGGUAUCUUACACUAUUUAGAACGAACAACAUUACAACCGCCUAAAAUAUUAAUUUAAUAACCGACUCGUUUAAACUUAACACUGUGUAUCCAAA